AUGGACAAAGAAAAUACAAGUUCAAUAGUUUGUGUACCAUUAAAUCUUAGUGCUAAUGAACCAGUAAAUCUUGGUGCUAAUGAACCAGUAAUUCUUGAUGAUAAUGAAUUAUUAAUUGAUAAUAAUGAACCACUUGUUCUUGCUAAAAACAAACCUGUUAUUCGUGUUCAUAAUAGAACAUUUGUUCGUAGUAAUAAUAAAUCAUUUACUCGUGAUCAUAGUAAAGGACUUGUUUCUGGUAAUAAUGAACCAGUUCUUUUUAAAAAAGGUAUUCGAGACAACAAAAGACGAGCUGAUGCCCAUAAAGUUGAACGACAAGAUGAUGAAUUUAAAAAAGAAGAAAAUAAAAAAAGAGCAGAAGCUCUUAAAAUUGCGCGACAUGAUAAUGAAUUCAAAACAGAAGAAAAUAAAAGAAGAGCUGAUGCUCAUAAAAUUGAACGACAAGAUGAUGAAUUCAAAGAAGAAGAGAGAAGGAGAAAUGCAUUAAGAAUGCACAAUAGUAGAGAUAAAUACAAAAGUAAUUUUGAUAGCAUGAAAUCAAAUUAUGAGUCAAAAAUAAAAGAAGGACCUACUCAUAUUUGUAGUUGUUGCGGUGGUUUAUGGUCUGAGUAUUCAAUCAGAGAAUAUACAGUCGAGAUGUUAAUAAACAAAGGAUUAAAAGCAGAAUUUAUCAAUACAGUUUGUUAUCUAAAACAUGCGAUCAUUAAAUUAUGUGUUACUUGUAGAAAGGACAUCAUGUUGGGUAAAAUACCUAAUCUCUGUCUAUCUAACGACUUAGCAUUCUAUGAAGUACCGGAUUGUUUGAAAAUCUUGACUGAAUUAGAAGAAAGAUUGAUAUCACCAAGAAUUCCUUUUAUGAUAAUUCGAACCUUAGGCUUUUGUAAACAAUUUGGUCUCAAAGGUAAUUUAGUAAAUGUUCCCAUGAGUGUUGACACAAAUGUUUCAAUAUUACCCAGAAGUUUUAGCGAUACUCACACGAUUCAACUGAAACUCAUGAGACAAAUGAAAAAUAAAAAUGCUUUUAUGUAUGAAACAAUUCGACCAAAAGUUGUACAUACAGCUAUAAAAUAUCUUGUUGAACAAGAACUAUAUAAAGAUGAAGGCAUUGUUAUAUCUAAUAAUUGGCUGAACGAAUAUCCCAAUGAAAGAGAAAAUUUUGUUGUUAAUGAUGAAGAUAAAAAAUUUGUUGAGAAUGAAAACACAGGAAAAGGUUUUGAUGACGAUGACAAUUGGAAUGAAUGUGACGAUAAGCCAAUCACUCCAGGAGCUACUGAAACGUUAUUAAAUGAUGAGAUUGAUGAUCAAAAUGAUAUUGGUAUUAAAUUUGCUCCGUGA